UCCACACCGCGGAGCCAGCCUGGCGAGAGCAGCAGGAGCUGGAGUCCCCGGUGCCCCAGGGAGACAAAGCGGAACAGCAGACAGCGGGCAGCACGCCCCGCCGCGAUCCCCGGCAGCGCCUCGGCAGAGAUGUUGGCUCACUUGUAGGAAUUGUUUGAAGCCAGAGUCAUGGUGGAUGUAGGAAAGUGGCCCAUCUUCACUCUGCUCUCACCUCAGGAAGUUGCAUCUAUUCGGAAAGCAUGUGUCUUCGGCACCUCAGCCAACGAAGCACUGUACGUUACAGACAGCGACGAGGUCUUUGUCUUUGGACUGAACUAUAGUAACUGUCUAGGAACUGGAGAUAACCAGAGUACACUUGUACCCAAAAAGCUAGAAGCCUUAUGUGGAAAGAAGAUUAAAAGCCUUAGUUAUGGGAGUGGGCCACAUGUUCUUCUCAGCACUGAAGAUGGAGUGGUCUACGCCUGGGGCCACAAUGGGUAUAGCCAGCUUGGGAAUGGGACGACCAACCAAGGCAUUGCUCCCAUCCAAGUCUGUACCAAUCUGUUGAUCAAGCAAGUGGUCGAAGUGGCUUGUGGCUCACAUCACUCAAUGGCUCUGGCAGCUGAUGGAGAGGUAUUUGCUUGGGGCUAUAACAACUGUGGCCAAGUUGGAUCAGGAUCUACAGCCAAUCAACCAACUCCUCGGAAAGUUACGAACUGUUUACAUAUUAAGAGGGUGGUUGGAAUUGCCUGUGGUCAGACCUCAUCCAUGGCUGUUCUGGACAAUGGCGAGGUCUAUGGCUGGGGUUACAAUGGAAACGGUCAGCUGGGCUUGGGAAACAAUGGCAACCAGCUGACCCCGGUGAGAGUGGCCGCUUUACACAGCGUGUGUGUGAACCAGAUUGUCUGCGGCUAUGCACAUACUCUAGCACUAACAGAUGAGGGCUUGCUCUAUGCCUGGGGAGCUAACACAUAUGGGCAGCUGGGAACUGGCAAUAAAAAUAACCUGCUAAGCCCAGCACACAUCAUGGUGGAGAAAGAAAGGGUAGUAGAGAUCGCAGCCUGUCACUCUGCCCACACGUCUGCCGCCAAGACCCAGGGUGGGCACGUGUACAUGUGGGGCCAGUGCCGCGGCCAGUCGGUGAUCCUCCCGCACCUCACCCACUUCUCCUGCACCGACGAUGUGUUUGCCUGCUUUGCCACGCCUGCCGUCACCUGGCGCCUUCUGUCUGUAGAGCAUGAAGACUUCUUAACAGUUGCAGAGUCACUGAAGAAAGAAUUUGAUAGUCCAGAAACUGCUGAUCUGAAGUUUCGAAUUGAUGGGAAAUAUAUUCAUGUUCAUAAAGCUGUUUUGAAAAUCAGGUGUGAACACUUUCGAUCCAUGUUCCAGUCUUAUUGGAAUGAAGACAUGAAGGAGGUGAUAGAGAUAGACCAGUUUUCUUACCCAGUGUAUCGUGCCUUUCUCCAGUAUCUCUACACCGACACGGUUGACCUGCCACCCGAGGAUGCUAUAGGUCUUUUGGAUUUGGCGACGUCUUACUGUGAAAACCGACUGAAAAAGCUUUGUCAGCACAUUAUCAAGCGAGGAAUUACUGUGGAGAAUGCCUUUUCGUUAUUUUCUGCGGCAGUCAGAUACGAUGCGGAGGAUUUAGAAGAAUUCUGCUUUAAGUUUUGCAUCAAUCAUUUGACAGAAGUUACACAGACUGCAGCAUUUUGGCAAAUGGAUGGCCCUCUGCUAAAGGAAUUCAUUGCUAAAGCCAGUAAAUGUGGAGCCUUUAAGAACUGAAGGACAAGGCUGCGGGGUUUUGUGUGAGUUCGCUGGGGCACUUGGGGGUGAUGUGCCCGGUUUGUGCUCUACGGGUGAUGUAAUCUGCAGGUGAAACACCGUCAGGUCGUUAGUUCACGUCUGAGGCACAGUUCUCUGUAGGAAUACAUGUGGAUGUAAAGCUUUUCCUGAGCCCAUUUCAAACAACUCUUGUUCCCAGAUAGAUAUUAUAGACAUGGCCUUUCAAAUAUUUGGGCUGGAACAUUGUAAAAGGGAUAGGUGUAGCUGGUUUUGGUUUUGUUUUUAUUUUUGAUUAGAAGAACUUCUGAACUUGGAAAAGGGAAGUUGGCAACAACACUCCUGGGUCACAUAUAAGCAACUUUUGGAUACCAGCUGUUGUGUUAGUUUGUGAAUUAGGAGAUGAACCUAGAGGCCCCACCAGGAAUGAAGGAUUCUGCCCUCGGGGCUUGAUGAGAUGCUGCAUUAGUUCUGGAGCCGUAGUUCUGGAGCCUUACUGUGAAGGAAUAGUUACUGUUUGAGGCUUUUGUUCGUGUUCUUGAGCUGUUGAUGACUUUUUUUUUAACUUCAAAGUAUAUCAAAGUAAUACUCAGUUUAACAUGAGUUGAGACCUCGUGAAAUGAUAAUUAUGUAAAGAUAAAUUUCUGGGUUAGCCACCUUUUCUCUUGAGAUUUAAGUGCAUAAAGAAUAGUAAUUUAGAACUAUCCAUGAAAAGUUGAUGAAAGAGGCUUCAUUUGGGUAAAGGUAAAUGUUUUAUAAAUGAAAAUCUUCACACUUAUCUCUUGGUGUUUUAUUUCAUUAAAGGUAGAAUUUGAAAACUCAAGUUUAAAUUGUACCUCUCCCUUCCCCCUAUAAAUACUAACUCAUAAGAGGAAAAUAAUGACAUAUCUCUCGCCUUUCUAAAUUAUGGCUGUUAUAGCAUCAAAUGACUUGAAGAAGUGGUUUUUAAAACCAACUCUCUUACAGAAAUCAAUGGAAUUUGCUUUAUCUAUUUUACCUAGGCCAACAACCAUCACAAAUUUGCUUGUUAAAAAUAUUACCACCUACUACUUUUGAUUUUCCUAUCCUUUUGAUUGUAAUUUACACUGUUUAGUACAAUUGAAUUUUGAAAAGGGUCAAACAUAGGGUUUUUCGGACAAGGCCUAUUUAAAACUCAGUUGUCUCUCUCUCUCUCUUUUUUUGGUAAUUUGUGAUACAAGUGCUCAACUUUUAAUUUAAUCAUAUGUGUCCAUCGAGCAAAGCUCUGUUCCGUUCUGAUCUGUGAACCAUUUCCAUUUGUGUAAGCUCCCUCUGUGAAUUUUGUCUCCUACUUGAAAGGGCUGUCUUCUGAACUCAAAGCCUGCAUAUGUUCUCAGAGCCAAAUUAACAAGAGCACGAAGACAUGCUGCAGCUACUGUUUUUAGCAGUGUUUUGAAAUGUGUAUAUGGGGCCGGAGGGAGAAUGAGACCCCCAGAAUAGGAAUUCAUUGACAGAUAAAAUAUAGACAGACCAGAAGUCCCAGCCCUCUUUUAAUGACCACAUAACGAGUGAUUAAGGCCCAACGAAUUAGAAUUAGUUCUGCGCCAAGAUACAGUUUUCACUAGAUCGAUAUGUGCACAUGAUUUUGAUUAUUAGCUGUGAUGGGUAGUGUUUGUAACAAUCUCUGUUCUGUAGGCUUAUGAUAUGAACAAAAUGAGAACUACAGUAUGUUUACUACUGCUCUUACUUGAAAAACAAGGUCAAAAAAAGCACAAAUUAAAGUAGUAGAUCCAUACCCAUAGAUCAUUCAUUCAACAAAUAUUUACUGAGUUCCUAGUGUAGGUGAAAAACCACUUGUCAUAUUAGAUUACUGAGUCAUUUAUAUGAGUAUGUAUGGUAGUGAAGAGAACAAAAAUAUGUUCUUUAAAAAAAAGUACUUGAGGUUUUUUUUUUUUUUUUUAAUAUACACUCUUAUUUUUCUACUUGGUUUUGUUAUUAAUCAUAGCAGGAGAUGAAGAUUAUUCCUUGAGUUGAUUUUGUCAUCUGAUGUAAUAAUGGAAGCCAAAGUAUUCAUAUUUCUUAAAAUAGUCCUAAAUGUACUCUUGAACUUCUUAUUGGAACCAUGUUUGAUACUCUGGUAUACAGGCUGUAUUUAUGUAAUGUUUAGAAUGAUGUAUUAAUAAAUAAAAUAACCCUGUAAAACA